GGUGGGUAUUCAUUGUUUCAAAUAGGUUUCAAUUGACACCACCGGAGAGAGAGAGACUAUGGCGGAGGGGCAGUCCCCGGAGAACUCACCGCCGGCACCUCCUCCUCCUUCUCCGUCAUCUCCCUCUUCCAACGACCAAAUAACAUCUCCUCCUCCUACUUCCGGCAGUCAAACAACACCUCCUCCUCCGUCUCCAACUCUAGCUCCUCCACCAGAACAACAAGAACAAUCACCUCCUCCACCGGAAAAUUCCUCCUCACCGCCACCAACACCGUAUGAAUCUUCAAUCCCCUCCUCGCAAUCACAAUCUCCACCACCUCCUUCACAAUCCCCACCGCAGCAGAGUGACAACAAAGGAAACAACCAAGGAAAUGAUGGAAGCGGCAAUGGAGGAGGCAAUAACGCUUCUCCUCCUCCACCACCGUCUAAGACUUCCGAACAUAGCUCCCACUCACCACCAAAAUCACUGGCGCCGCCUACAAGCAACGGUGGCUCUAACUCGUCAAGUAACGAUCGUCCGAACAUGGGUGUUGUUAUAGGACUUGUGGCUGCAGCUGGACUUUUGUUCCUUGUCAUGAUAUUGUUAUGCGUCUGUUGCUUGCGGAAGAAGAAGAAGAAAUCAAAGAUUGAACAGAUGCCGUAUUACGGAAGCAAUGCUUUCGCUCCAGGCAAAAAUGGUGGUGAUCAAUACUUCAAUAAUGCCGCUACACAGCAACAACAACAUUACAACCAAAAUGAUAACACUGCCAAUCUUCCUCCACCUCCUGGAACAAUGGGAACAAACUGGGUAAAUUCACCGCCGCCACCACCACCAGGAAACUGGCAGCCAAUGCCUUCACCACCAGCACCAGUUUCAGGAGGUGCAAAUGCAAUCCAUAGCAAUGAGAUGAGCUCGAAUUACUCAUCAGGUCCAUAUGCUCCGUCUCUACCACCACCUCACCCUUCAGUGGCUUUGGGAUUCAACAAAAGCACAUUCACUUAUGAGGAGCUAGCAGCCGCGACUCAAGGUUUCUCCAAAGACCAUCUAUUAGGACAAGGCGGGUUCGGAUAUGUUCACAAAGGAGUCUUGCCUAAUGGUAAAGAGAUCGCGGUGAAGAGCCUUAAAGCGGGAAGCGGACAAGGAGACAGAGAGUUCCAAGCAGAGGUUGACAUCAUCAGCCGUGUCCAUCAUCGACAUCUCGUGUCUCUUGUUGGAUAUUGCAGUAAUUCAGGAGGACAGAGGCUGUUGGUCUAUGAGUUUCUUCCUAAUGACACACUUGAGUUCCACCUUCAUGUUAUAGGGAAAACUGGGACUGUGAUGGAUUGGCCUACUAGACUCAAGAUUGCCUUAGGAUCAGCUAAAGGACUUGCUUAUCUACAUGAAGAUUGUCAUCCUAAAAUCAUCCAUAGAGAUAUAAAAGCUUCAAACAUUCUGCUUGAUCUUAACUUCGAAGCCAAGGUUGCAGAUUUUGGGUUGGCUAAGCUCUCUCAAGACAACAACACACAUGUGUCGACUCGAGUCAUGGGGACUUUCGGAUACUUAGCCCCUGAAUAUGCAGCAAGUGGAAAAUUAACAGAUAAAUCAGAUGUUUUCUCUUUUGGAGUUAUGCUUCUUGAGCUCAUAACCGGACGCAGACCUGUUGAUCUAAGUGGUGAUAUGGAAGACAGUUUGGUCGACUGGGCAAGACCAUUAUGCAUGGAUGCAGUUCACGACGGAGAAUAUGGAGAAUUGGUUGAUCCAUUUCUUGAGAAUCAAUACGAGCCUUAUGAGAUGGCACGCAUGGUGGCUUGUGCUGCUGCAGCCGUUAGGCACUCGGGUCGCCGCCGCCCAAAGAUGAGUCAGAUCGUUCGGAUAUUGGAGGGUGAUGCAUCUCUGGACGACUUAAACGAUGGUGUGAAGCCAGGGCAGGGCUCAUACAUGGGGUCAAGCGGAGGUGAUGGGAGCUCAGACUAUGAGACGGGCACAUAUGGUGCUGAGAUGAAGAAAUUCCGGAAAGUGACACUAGACAGUCGCGAUUACGCGGCAAGUAGCGAGUACGGUGGCACCAGUGAGUACGGGCUUGACCCAUCCUCCUCGAGCAGCGAGGAGAUGAAUAUUGGAGGAGGCUCCAACAAAACUACUACUACUUCUACUCGCAGGGUUUAAACCAUAAACCAAAACAUCCAAAUCCGUUAAAACAAAUAUCUAUUGUUUUUUGUCGGAAAAUAUGACUGUUGGAUGUGUUUGUUUGUUGAAUGCCAAAAAUAAAAUAAAAGUCAUUAUUUCUUAAUUUAUGUAUCUUGUGCUAAUAUUUUUUAAUAUAAUAAAAGAUUGAAAAUAUUGGUUGUUAC